AUGAAAGGCUUCCAAACGGCGUAUGGGGGUGCCAGAUCGCUGGACCAAAGCACCCUUAACCAAACCCUUGUUGCACCUAAAUACGCACGACACCUUGGAUACGCAGGACACUUUCGAUACGCAGGACACCUAGAUCCUAGCAGUCGCUCAAGCACCAAUUCGAAUUUGGAUUGCAGUUCAAGGCACGAGCAGCGAAUUCCUAUCCUGCCUUAUCCUGUUUAUCCUGUUUAUCCUGCCUGUCCUGCCUGUCCUGCCUAUCUUGACUAUCUUGCCGAUCUUGCCGAUCUUUCCGAUCUUUCCGAUCUUUCUCUUUCCCAGGUUUCCGCUUUCGCUUCCGCUUUGUCGGCCAUCCUUCCGACCGUAUGUGACUGGGGCAAAAGUGUGUGA